CACGUUUGUUGCAAGCUCAGCCUGAGGGUCAAUCUAUAAAAGAGGCUGCUUACUGUGACUCUGUCUGCUCAGUGACUGCAGAGAGUCCCUGUCCUCCACCCUCCGACAUGAAGGUUCUGCUCGCUUCCAUUCUCUUAGGAUGCCUCGUAGGAUUUUCUGCAGCCUUUUGGGUCACAGAUCCACCAGUGAAAUGGUGCCUAAAAUCUGCUAAGGAGAAGAAGAAGUGUGAUGAUCUGGCUGCCAAAGCAGAAGCUAAAUUCGCCUGCGUUUUGCGCUCGGGGACCGAUGAGUGCAUCACAGCCAUCAAGGAAGGCCAGGCAGAUGCCAUCACACUGGAUGGGGGAGACAUUUACAAAGCUGGUCUCAAGAAUUAUGACCUCAAACCUAUCAUCGCAGAACACUACGGAAAAGAUACAGAAACCUGUUAUUAUGCUGUUGCUGUGGUGAAGAAAACCAGCAACUUUGGGUUACAUCAGCUGAAGGGGAAGAAGACAUGCCACACAGGUCUGAACAAGUCUGCAGGGUGGAACAUGCCCAUUGGAACAUUGGUGUCCAAUGGUGACAUUAAAUGGACAGGGCAGGAGGAUGUCCCCCUUGAGAAGGUGGUUUCAGAGUUCUUCUCCGCCAGCUGUGUUCCCGGUGCUACUCCUGGUUCUAAUCUGUGCCAGCUGUGCAAGGGUGACUGCUCCCGCUCCCACAAAGAACCGUACUACGAUUAUGCUGGAGCCUUCCAGUGCUUGAAGGAUGAUGCUGGUGAAGUUGCCUUUGUGAAGCAUCUGACAGUCCCCUCCUCAGAGAAGGCGGAAUACGAGCUACUGUGCAAAGACGGUACCAGGAAGAGCAUUGAUGAGUACAAAGAUUGCCAUUUGAGCAGAGUCCCUGCCCAUGCCAUUGUUAGCCGCACGGAUCCUGAAUUAGCAGAUAACAUCUGGGAGAGUCUACAACACACUGGGGGUUUCCCCCUCUUCUCAUCUGAAGCCUAUGAAGGCAAAGACCUUAUGUUUAAGGACUCCACCACUCAACUUGUUCGGGUGCCUAAUAACACCGAUUCCUACUCAUACCUGGGUGCCGAAUACAUGAGUAUCAUUGGGUCUCUGCAUAAAGAGGGAAGCUCAGAGGCGCAGACCAGCUCCAUUAAGUGGUGCGCCGUGGGCCAUGCUGAGACCGGCAAGUGUGACAAGUGGUCCUUGGAAAAUGUUGAGGCCAAGAUUGAGUGUCAGCAGGGGAAGACUGUGGAAGACUGCCUAAGAAAGAUUAUGCGCAAAGAGGCAGAUGCCAUGGCAAUCGAUGGCGGUCAGGUGUAUACAGCAGGGAAGUGUGGGUUGGUACCAGUGAUGGUAGAGCAAUAUGACGCAGCCAACUGUGGCUCCUCAGUGAAGACAACCUCGUCUUACUUUGCGGUGGCUGUGGUGAAGAAAGGCUCGGGCCUCACCUGGGGCACACUGAAGGGGAAGAAGUCAUGUCACACAGGCCUUAGCCGCACAGCAGGAUGGAACAUCCCUAUGGGUCUCCUCCACCAGGAAAGCAAGGAGUGUGACUUCUCCAAAUACUUCAGCCAGAGCUGUGCCCCGGGGGCAGAUCCCGAAUCCUCGCUGUGUGCUCUCUGUGUGGGCGAUGGCAAGCAAAUAAAUGACCCAGUCUACAAAUGUAAGCCCAGAGCUGAGGAGCAGUUCUAUGGCUACGCUGGAGCCUUCAGGUGUCUGGUGGAAGGUGGUGGAGAUGUUGCCUUUAUUAAGCAUACUACUGCCCAGGAGAACAGCGAUGGAAAUGGUGCUCCGUGGGCUAAAGAUGUGAGGUCUGAAGACUAUGAGCUUCUGUGCCCCUCUGGUCCAAAAGAAACGCUGCCUCUAAGUGAAUUCAAGAACUGCCAUCUGGCUGAGGUGCCGGCUCACGCUGUGGUGACACGCCCUGAACGCCGGCAGGAUGUGGUGUCUAUUCUCAAUGAUCAGCAGACCAGGUUUGGCGGGUCUGGCUCCGAAGACUUUAAAAUGUUCCAGUCAGAAGAAGGCAAAAACCUCCUUUUCAAAGACUCCACCAAAUGCCUCCAGGAGAUUCCAUCUCUGAACAGCUUUGAAGACUUUCUGGGGAAGGAAUAUGUACAAGCUAUCAAAGCUUUGCGGGAAUGUGCUAGCAGUGUGCCAGAACUGGAGCAGGCCUGCACAUUCCACUCGUGCCAGCAGAAAUCAUAGAAGAAUGAUCUACAUUCACACCUGGACCUUGGUCAGCAGAGUCCUUCACAGAAGACCAUAAUUGGGAAAGUUCAAACAGCAAUAAAGUGUACAUUAAACUCUA